UGUUCUAUGGCUGGGUUGGUAGCGAGGACCCAGAUGCCCUCGCGUUCGACUCCUGCUUCGCUUCAGUAGCCGCGAACUCUCUCAGGAUUCUCCCAGUGUCCACAUCCGCCUCAUCCACCAGCGCAGGAUCCGACACAGGAAAUGCAGUGAAUGGCUUCAUAGGGAGCAAUAUCCUUCAGUGCUUUACCUCCGACCCCGAAGCCGACCCGUGGUGGAUGGCAGAUCUCGGGGCUUCGAAGCGCGUUUUGCAGGUCAGAGUAACCACGCGCCUGGAUGGCAUUGACGUCCACCCCUGGUCCGUGGAGGUUCGCCUGGGUGACUCGCCGGACCUCUCGAACAACCCCAUAUUCGAUCAGAACCUUGAGCUACCCCGACCUGUUGUGGCGGAGGUGCUGUUCACUUCUCCGCGACCCAUGAAUGGACGUUUUCUAUCAAUACAGAGUGUAAAUUCGAAUAAUUCGUUGUCUCUCUGCGAUGUUGAGAUUCUGGAUCAAGAAAAGGGACCGCUGAUGAGGAAUUGCUUGGACGUCCAGCGUGCCGGCCACAACGCCAGCGGCAUCUACACCAUCUUCCCGAGGCCCUGCUGCCCCGUGAGCGUCUUCUGCGAGAUGGACGUCGACGGCGGCGGGUGGACCGUGUUCCAGCGGCGAGAGGACAUCCUUCCCCGGGAGGACUUCUACCGCACGUGGAUGGAGUACGUUCAGGGCUUCGGCUCCUCCCCUUGCAGGGAGUUCUGGCUCGGCCUCGACCACAUCCACGCCCUCACGAGCCACGCCCCUGCGGAGCUGCGCGUCGACCUGGCCGACUUCGAGGGCGCGGCGGCCUUUGCCAAGUACAGCAACUUCCACGUGGCCGACCGGGCUACCGACUACACGCUGACGAUCGGGGGCUACUCGGGGACCGCUGGGGACUCGAUGAUCCCGAGGCAGAACGGCUACGGCUUCUCGGCGAAGGAUAAGGGCCUGGACUGCGCUAACAAGUACAAAGGGGGUUGGUGGUACGGCAGCCCCUGCCACCACUCCAACCUCAACGGCCUGUACCUGAGCGGCCCGCACGACACCUUCGCUGUUGGCGUCAACUGGUACUAUUGGCGUGGCUACGGCUACUCGCUCAAGACAUCGGUCAUGAUGACGCGUCCUGUCAGUUGAUAGGAAUGAUGAGCAGGCAAAUUGGAACACGUACAUUUAGCUAUAUAUAAAUAUGUGCACAUACAUACAAAACACACACAAAUACAAACACACACAAACACACGCACACGCACACACACACACACACACCUACACACACACACACACACACACACACACACACACACACACACACACAUAUAUACAAACACACAAACACAAACAGACAAAUACACAAACACACACCUACAAGCUAUCUUCAAAAACAAUUAUGCAUUGAAAAAGUGUACAUGAUAAUCUACCACCCGCCAAUAGAAUCAAAACACAUCAGUUUAAUAAUAACCUUUAUAUUCUUGUCAAGGUUACUACACAUCAAACCUGCCAUAGUUUUGACUUAGUGUUACUCGAAAAGGAAUAUAUUAGCACAUGGUCCUUGUACUAAAGCAUGCCUAAAUAAAAUAGUACACAAUAGUAAUAGUUUCUCUUUCCACGUAACUCGAGGAAGAAACGACAUAAAUAGCAAAAUAAGUUUUUUUUUUUAUUUAAUAGAACAGCAAGGCAAACGAAGACCUUCUGACUGCGUGGCGUCUCGGGUCUUUAUGAUGAUUACAGUGAAUUCAACAAAACCUUUUAAUAUUUCUUAAUGUAAGACGUAAUUUUGUUGUUUGUUUGUUUGUUUGUUUUUGUUUUGUGGGUAGGCGUGUGUU